AUGCAAAAAAUAGGAGCCGAAUCCCCAGAAGGAAAGGAUCAGGGAAAGGAUCUUGAACUGCUCAUGGGGUCACUUAAUAAAAUAACGGCAGCAAUGGUUGUGAGAGGUACCCUUAUAGCAUUAAGGACGCCGGCUAGCACAGUGGACGAUAAGAAAACCACAGCAGUGCCUCCCAAAACUCCCAACUGGAAAGUAAUGACACUCCAGAUGCGAACCAAGUAA